CACUUCACUGAAACUUGUUUAAGCAAUUAUCAGUAAGUUAAGCUUAAUUAUGGCUUCAUAACUAGGCUGACAGGUGCGCAAUCACAUCUGAAUAAAACUAAAUAACUAAAUAUUCUUUCCUAGGCCACAAAGAGUUUAUCAGUAAGAGCCACAGAUUGAUUGAUUCAUAUUAGUUUUUAGCACUUAGUGGGUCCAAUGCAUUAUGAAACUUAUCUACAAAAGCUGGAAUGAGAGUUCAGAUUUUGAAGAACACUCAUCUGAGAGUGCUUUUGCAAGUUACUGAACCCUGUCUUGAAUUCUGGAUUGGGUCCAAGAAUUUGCAGAGGUGACUGAGUGAAUUUUGAAAAAAAAAUGAAACUUUGGUAUGUUUUAUUUGUUGUACUGGUGAUAUGCUACUAUGGUUUUGCAGAAAGAAAUAUGCCGAAGAAGACAUACAUAGUUCACAUGGACAAGUCCUCCAUGCCCUUGAGUUACGACGAUCAUCUUCAGUGGUAUGAUUCAUCCAUUAAAUCAGUAUCAGACUCCGCUAACAUGAUUUACACGUACAACAAUGUCAUUCAUGGUUAUUCUACAAGGCUGACCACUUCAGAAGCAGAGUCACUUGAAGGGCAGCCUGGAAUUUUACUAGUCCAAGAAGAAAGGAUAUAUCAACUUCACACUACUCGGACACCAGAGUUUUUAGGACUUGAUGAAAGCGCAGCAGUCAGACUUGAAGCAGGGGCAGUGAGUGAAGUCAUUGUGGGAGUGCUGGACACAGGUGUGUGGCCUGAGAGUAAAAGUUUCGAUGACACUGGGCUUGGUCCAGUCCCCAGUAAUUGGAAGGGGACGUGCGAGGUGAGCAAGAGCUUUGCUGCAUCAAGCUGUAACAAAAAACUCAUUGGCGCCAGAUUCUUUUCACAAGGGUAUGAAGCUGCUUAUGGACCAAUUGAUGAAACACUGGAAUCAAAGUCGCCUAGAGACGAUGAUGGCCAUGGAACACACACUUCCACUACAGCAGCAGGUUCAGCUGUAACAGGAGCUAGCCUCUUUAAUUAUGCAAUGGGCACAGCACGCGGAAUGGCAGAACAUGCCAGAGUGGCCGCAUACAAGGUCUGCUGGCUUGGUGGCUGUUUUGGCAGUGACAUACUAGCUGGUAUGGAGAUGGCUGUGUCAGAUGGUGUACAUGUCCUUUCACUGUCACUAGGUGGUUCAGUUUCUGACUACUUUCGAGACACGGUAGCAGUUGGUGCAUUUUCAGCUAUGUCACACGGGAUCUUUGUAUCAUGCUCAGCUGGGAACAGCGGGCCAACUCCUGAGAGCUUGUCUAAUGUGGCGCCAUGGAUAGCUACAAUUGGUGCAGGAACUCUGGAUCGCGAUUUCCCAGCCCACACUAUCCUUGGGAAUGGGAAGAACUUUUCAGGCGUAUCACUAUAUAGUGGGAAACCAUUAUCUACUUCAUUAGUUCCACUGGUGUACUCUGCUAAAGCCAGUAACUCGACGAGUGGCAUUUUAUGUAUGACUGACAGUCUAGAUCCUGAAAAAGUUGCCGGGAAGAUUGUUGUAUGUGACCGAGGGGGGAAUUCCAGGGUACAAAAGGGCAUCGUAGUAAGAGAUGCAGGUGGUAUAGGGAUGAUUUUGGCAAAUACUGACUCUUUUGGGGAGGAGCUGGUGGCUGAUGCUCAUCUCAUUCCUUCAGCAGCUGUGGGACAGACGGCUGGUGAUGCAAUAAAGAAGUACGUGUCUUCGGAUCCAAAGCCAGUGGCCACAAUCGGAUUUUCUGGCACUCAUUUAGGGAUCCAACCAUCACCAGUUGUGGCAGCAUUUAGUUCAAGAGGUCCAAAUCCGGUCACACCAGAAAUACUAAAACCAGAUUUCAUAACACCAGGUGUAAAUAUUAUAGCUGGUUGGACUGGUAAAGUUGGACCAAGUGGGUUGAAAUCUGACACCAGGCAUGUGGACUUCAAUAUAAUAUCGGGCACAUCAAUGUCAUGCCCACACGCAAGUGGAUUAGCAGCACUAGUGAAGUCGGCACAUCCUGAAUGGAGCCCUGCAGCUAUAAAAUCAGCGCUUAUGACAACAGCCUACAACGCAUACAAAAAUGGAGAACCCUUAGAAGAUAUUGCAACUGGAAUGGCAUCAACACCGUUUGAUUAUGGGGCAGGACAUGUCGCCCCUACAGCAGCCCUUGACCCGGGACUUGUCUAUGAUGCAGAUGUUCAGGACUACCUAGAGUUCCUUUGUGCCUUAAACUACAGUUCAAAUCUCAUCAGGGUUGUCACAAAACAAGCUUUCACAUGUGACAGCGGUAAGCAAUACAAAGUGGGAGAUCUUAAUUACCCCUCUUUCGCUGUUCCUUUUGAGACAACCUCAGGAAAAGGGGGUGGCAGCAGUGAACCUGCAGUAAUCAAGUACACCAGGACUCUGACUAAUGUGGGUACUCCAGCAACAUACAAGGUUUCAGUGUCCUCUGAAACACGUUCCGUGAAGAUAGCAGUUGAACCAGAACUACUAGAUUUUAGCAGAACAAAUGAAAAGAAGAAUUACACAGUGACAUUCACAGCAACUUCCAUGCCCUCUGGCACAGUCAGCUUUGCACGCAUAGAAUGGUCAGGUGGUAAAUACGUUGUCAGUAGUCCAGUUGCUUUUAGCUGGACAUGAUCGAAGCAAUGCUGAAUAACACAGACCAACCAUUGUAAAUUAUCUGAUAGGUCCAAAGGGUUCGCCUCAUCAAACCAUUCAUUACUGUACAGCAUAUCAUUCUACAGCACUAUGCAACCAAGAAGGAGAUCUGACUGAAGAUUUACCAGCAUAUCACGCAAAGGAGGGAAGGAGAUUCAUUCUUGAUACUUAUACUCAAGGAUUCAUGUGUGUAUAUUUCUAUAGCUCGCUAAAACUGCUCAGACAAGCGACAAAUGGCAUAUCAUGGCCAGCUGUUGCACAACUGAUUUCAAUAAAUAUAGCACUACACUUCUACUUUUUA